AUUAGCACACGAAACUUGCUUCUCUCUCUCUCUGUCUCUGUUUCUUUCUUGGUGGGCUUGAAAAGCACGUAAACUGAAGCCGACCGUUAAGCCUUUAAGCCAUCGUGUUUAUCUCAGAUUCCUCAAACCUGUCUCUUAUAUAUGUUCUCCCAGAUGUCAGAUAUGACCUCUAAUGAGCCACCACAACACCACAUACUCGUCGGAAUCUGACCCACAACUCCAAUUUCCCCCACCAAAAUGACUCAAACUCUGCUCGCCGGAGAAGACAGAGUCGUGGAAGUUUCCGGCUGCCGGACGGUGGUGGUGGGUGUGAAGUUGGACUCUCACAGCAGAGAGUUGCUGACUUGGGCUUUGGUUAAGGUUGCGCAGCCUGGUGAUUGUGUGAUUGCUCUUCAUGUUCUGAAUAAUAAUGAAAUUGUUGAUCGAGAUGGGAAGUCUUCUCUUCUCUCGCUUAUUAAAGCAUUUGACUCUGUUCUUACUGUGUACGAAGGUUUCUGCAACUUGAAACAGGUGGACCUCAAGCUUAAGGUCUGCAGAGGUUCAUCCAUUCGAAAAGUUCUUGUUCGGGAAGCGAAGUUUUACUUUGCCAAUGAGGUUAUAGUCGGUACUGCUCAAAAUCACCAUACAAUCUGUUCCUCGGCCUCUGUUGCCAAGUACUGCGCCAAAAAUUUACCAAAGGAUUGCUCAAUACUCGCGGUUGAUAAUGGGAAGAUUGUGUUUCAAAGAAAAGCCUCUCCUCCAAUGACUAAUGGCCGUGCAAAAGGAAUCGAUGAUCAAGGAAGACAUCAUUUACUUGGUGCAAUUCAAAGCUCGGCAAGUAAGAAUUCCAAAUUACUACAUGGUGCAAAUGUGGAUGAGAACUCAACAGCGACAAGUGAUCAGAUUACUUGUGAAAGUUUAGAGUCCGCGUUAGUAAAGGCAAGAUGGGAUUGUGCAGAGAGAGCCUUGAAAAAGAAGUGUUCCAUUUGUUCCCCAAAUUCUGUUUCGCCGGAAAAUUCUUGUUUCGAAUCACCAGAGAGCUCUGCCGGUGAUAGCGAUGAAGACAACUCGAAAGCUAUAGUGCCAGUAAAGAAGGUAGAGGCUCCAUUGAGCCCAAUUUCUUCGUUGAUAAGAGAAUUGCCUGAAGUGAAACCCGGUUGGCCACUUCUUCAUCGAGCUAUUUUCUCAGAUCGGCAAGUUUCUGACAGAUCAUCAGUGAAGCGGAUCUCUGCGGUACAAUGGGCAUUGCAAUUGCCCAGCAGACAUUGUUUGCAUAGUGCGGAUUCAAAUCAAACUACUUGCAAUGAAAACAAAGAGCAAUCGUCUGAAUUUGAUGAGGAAAGUGGCUCAAUUGUUUCUGUUGGUGCAGAGACUGUAUCUUCCCCAUCUUCUCCAAGCUCUAGUUCAAGAAGUCUACCAGAAGAAUUGAAAGGACUUCAUGAGAAGCACUCGGAAAGUUGCAGAUUGUUCAAAUACCAGGAACUUCUUCAGGCGACAUCAAAUUUCAUUCCGGAGAACUUGAUUGGAAAAGGAGGUAGCAGUAGGGUUUAUAGAGGUUGCCUUCCUGACGGCAAAGAACUUGCUGUGAAAAUCUUGAAGCAGUCUGAAGAUUUAUUAAAAGAGUUUGUAUUGGAAAUUGAGAUUAUUACUGCCUUACAUCACAAGAACAUUAUCUCCCUUUUUGGGUUUUGUUUUGAGGAUUGCAAUCUUCUCAUGGUCUAUGAUUUCCUAUCACGAGGAAGCCUAGAAGAGAACCUUCAUGGUAAUAAGAAGAACCUUCGAGCCUUUGGGUGGAGUGAGAGAUUUAAGGUGGCUGUCGGUGUAGCUGAGGCACUGGAAUAUCUGCACAAUGUAAGUGCUAAACCUGUGAUCCACAGGGAUGUGAAAUCAUCGAAUAUACUACUUUCUGAUGAUUUUGAGCCACAGCUGUCUGAUUUUGGACUAGCAAAGUGGGCAUCAACGUCUUCAUCACAUAUAACAUGCACUGAUGUUGCAGGGACAUUUGGUUACUUGGCUCCUGAAUAUUUCAUGUUUGGCAAAGUUAAUGAGAAGAUCGAUGUCUAUGCAUUUGGGGUUGUACUCCUUGAGCUUCUUUCAGGUAGAAAACCUAUAAGUAAUGAUCAUCCGAAGGGCCAAGAGAGCCUGGUUAUGUGGGCAAAAUUGAUUCUAAAAGGUGGAAAGGUUUCCCAACUAUUAGACCCAAGCAUGGGAAACAAAUAUGAUCACAAUCAGAUGGAGAGGAUGGUUUUAGCCGCUACUCUCUGUAUCAGACGUGCACCACGAGCUCGACCCCAAAUGAGCAUUGUCUCAAAGCUCCUCCAGGGUGAUUCUGAGGUAAUUAAGUGGGCAAGGCUACAAGUUCAUGCUUCGGAAGGGACUGACAUGCUUGAUGGCGAGGCUCUUCCACGUUUGAAUCUCCAGUCCCAUCUUAACGUCGCGUUGCUUGAUGUGGAGGAAGAUUCUCUCUCCUUGAGCAGCAUUGAGCAAAGUGUCUCAUUGAAGGACUACUUGCAAGGAAGGUGGAGCCGUUCUGCAAGCUUUGACUAACCAUAAAAACGUGUUUUUUGUUUGUGUUUUUUUUGUUUUUUUAAAAACCCUUUUUUCGGGUUGCAUUACUGCGGGUCGCGGAUGAGAGGCUGUUUGCAGAUGUGCCCUCCUCCUUCCCUCAAUUUGUCGUAAGUUAGUCUCCGGCUGAUUCACUAGUUUUGUUUUCUAGGAAAAUUGUAUCAGUUUCUGAUUCUCAAUCUGAACUGAUAGAGCUGAGUUUGAUGUUUGUAGUCUUGGAAUGGUGUGCUUUGUUUAAGGGUGUACAAAUAACUGUUGCUACAUUCACAAAUCAAGAAGGCUAAUAAAAAGCAAUUCUGUCUUCGAUGCU